UCCUCCUUGCCCCCUCUCUCUGCCUCUCCCUCCCAUUCCAUCUUCGCUGCAUCGGCCGAGACCCUCAGCGGUUCUUUCUUGCCUUGCCUCGCCUCUCCUUCUCUCUCACGGGCUUAGACUCGGCUCUCCUCCGGCUUCAAGCCGAAAUCAGCAGCAGCAGAGAGAGAGAGAGAGAGAGAGAGAGAGCUUGAGUGAGGGAGAGAUGUUAUGUUGAUGGAAAAGAUGAAGAUUCAAGAGGUGCAGUCUACCACGAAGAAGCAGCGCAUAGCCACCCACACUCAUAUCAAAGGCCUCGGUCUCGACGUCAGUGGAAAUGCGAUGCCUAUGGCUGCUGGUUUCGUGGGUCAAGCGGAAGCGAGAGAAGCCGCUGGUCUCGUAGUCGAUAUGAUUAGGCAGAGGAAGAUGGCGGGUCGAGCUCUGCUGCUCGCCGGUCCUCCCGGUACUGGGAAGACAAUACUGGCCCUCGGAAUAGCCCAGGAGCUCGGGAGCAAGGUCCCCUUCUGCCCCAUGGUUGGUUCCGAAGUCUACUCUUCGGAAAUGAAGAAAACCGAGGUUAUGAUGGAGAACUUUCGGAGAGCAAUCGGCUUGCGUAUAAAAGAAUACAAAGAAGUCUAUGAAGGCGAGGUUACUGAGCUCUCCCCAGAAGAAACUGAGAGUGUCACCGGUGGCUAUGGUAAAAGCAUCAGCCAUGUUAUUGUCGGAUUGAAAACUGUUAAAGUAACUAAGCAGCUGAAAUUGGACCCGACAAUCUACGAUGCCCUAAUCAAGGAAAAGGUUGCUGUUGGUGAUGUUAUAUACAUAGAAGCCUAUAGUGGAGCUGUCAAAAGGGUUGGUAGAAGUGAUGCCUUUGCCACAGAAUUUGACCUCGAAGCUGACGAGUAUGUUCCACUUCCCAAAGGAGAGGUUCACAAGAAGAAGGAGAUAGUUCAGGAUGUAACACUCCAUGAUCUAGAUGCCGCAAAUGCCCAGCCUCAAGGAGGACAAGACAUAUUAUCCUUGAUGGGUCAGAUGAUGAAGGCCAGAAAAACCGAGAUCAAUGACAAGUUACGGCAAGAAAUAAAUAAGGUAGUAAACCGAUAUAUCGAUGAAAGGGUUGCUGAGCUUGUACCUGGGGUUCUGUUUAUCGAUGAGGUUCAUAUGCUGGAUAUGGAGUGCUUUUCGUACUUGAAUCGUGCUUUGGAAAGCUCACUAUCACCUAUUGUGAUCUUUGCAACAAAUAGGGGAAUAUGCAAUGUAAGGGGGACAGAUAUGCCUAGUCCUCAUGGCAUACCUGUCGACUUGUUAGACCGCUUGGUGAUCAUCCGGGCACAAACCUAUGGCCCUGCAGAGAUGAUACAGAUUAUUGCAAUCCGUGCUCAGGUGGAUGAAUUGAUGGUGGAUGAGGAAAGCCUGGCCUAUUUGGGAGAAAUCGGACAAAAAACAUCUUUAAGGCAUGCAGUGCAGCUGUUGUCCCCUGCCAGUGUCAUGGCCAAGAUGAACGGCCGAGAUAACAUUUGCAACGCGGACAUCGAGGAAGUAACCAAUCUAUAUCUUGAUGCCAAGACAUCUGGAAAGUUGCUUUAGGAGCAGCAAGACAAGUACAUCUCAUAGGAACACUAACGUUAAUUUACUCGAGGAAACAUAGUUUUGAGGAGAUAGAAGAGUUUGAAGUAAUUUUAUUGAGUUUUUCUUUUUGGAAGUCGGUCGUUGUUGGACUUGGAGGGAAAAGGGAAACUGAGUUUCAGGAGUUAGGACUUUGAGAUCAAAAUCAAUGUUAAGAGAAAAUGUAAAAAACUUUUGUAUAUUGUGCAUAUUACAGUUUGAUCUGGUAGCAAAAUGUGGACGGUCUCUUGAAUUUCAUAUAUGGUUAAAGUUCUUGUUUCCUAUUGAUGAUUCCUUUCCCGAAUC